AUGAAAGAAGUGAAGGGGAGGAAGUGGACGAGCAGCAUAUGGGUUCAAGAUGAAGCCACAGGAGAGAGGGUUGCUCUGGGUAAGUCAAUUAUAAUGAAGUGCUACAAUCACAAAGCAAAUGUGGAUAACUGGAUCAAACACGUGAGUCGCAGCAACAAGUUCCACAAUGAUCUCUUUGUUCGCUGUUCCAAGUGCCACAAAGAGCGCAGGUUUCGUCGUCGUACGAUGAAGCAGAUUAAGGAAUACCAUGAUGCUGUCAAUAGCAGCACUUGGGAAUGCUCUCUUUGGCCUUAUGACAAAAUAACCUGUGAAGAGGAAGAAGAACGAGACAAUCGCAAAAUGUACCGAGGUUGUCCUCUUGUCAAGCAGUGCCAGGGCUGCAAGUAUUGUAAUUGCACUGGCUGCCUUAAGUGCCGCUUUGUGAACUGCAAUUGCAGAGAGUGCAGUGACUUCAUGAACGAAGGAAAGCCUUAUUAG